AGAGUCUAGGACUUGCCUUCUUCCCAUAAUGAGAAAAUCCCAAGUUUCAAUCACCUAGCUUCAAAUUAAGUUUUUAUUCAUCUUUCUUUUUUUUUCUUCUUUUUUCCCAUAUAUUAUCACCAUGGCACCGCCAAAUGGAGAGUCUAUUGCUAGCUCCUACACUCAGACCAGCAGCUUCAACAAGCAGCCACCACGUCUCUCCACCGGUACUGGCCUCCACCGAACAGUGUCUGACAUCUCAUCAGAGCUGAGCAAAGAGAUGAUGGAAAAUAUUAUUGAACUUCCACCAAUAUCAGAGGUGGAAGAUGCAAAGUGUGAGUGCUGUGGCAUGAGUGAAGAGUGCACUCCCGAGUACAUUGACCGUGUUCGUGGCAUGUUCUCCGGGAAGUGGAUAUGCGGGUUGUGUGGUGAGGCAGUGAAGGAAGAGAUGAAGAAGAAUGGAGGGAAAAGCGAAGAAGCUUUGAGUGUUCAUUUGAGUGCAUGUGUUAGGUUUAAUAAGCUUUUUAGGGCUUAUCCUGUUCUUUGCCAAGCUGAGGCCAUGAGAGAGAUCCUGAAGAAAAGCACAAGGUUGGAAGGUAAAGGGAUUAGGGUUAAGUACUCUAUGAAAAAAGGUGGGAUAGCAAGGAGCUCAAGCUGCAUUUCAGCUAUUACCAGAUAGAUGAAUGACCUAACUCUGGCCAAUUGAUGCUCUCUCUCCUGCUUCCACAUGGGACAUGGUUUAAAUUAUAUAGUAUGAACCCUAGUCUUUUUACUAAUAUAGCUUUUAAGUUACCCUUUAGGAUUUUUGAGUUGGUCCAAACUCUUACCAUAUAUAUAUAUAUAGCUUUUAAGUUAACCCUUUAGGAUUUUUGAGUUGGUCCAAAGUCUUACCAUAUAUAUAUAUGUAUAUAUAGCUUUUAAGUUACCCUUUAGGGCUUUUGAGUUGGUCCAAACUCUUACCAUAUAUAUAUAUAUAUAUAUAUAUAUAUAUAUAUAUAUAUAUAUGUAUGUUUGUAUUAUCAACCUAGAGUACUGUUUCUUAUUUAAAGUUAUAUUUGCCUUUUUUUUCAGUAUUUUAUUAUAAAAUGUUCAAACUUCUAAUGUACAAAUUACCAAAGGGCGCAAUUCCUUUUGGAUUUAUGAAACUAGGUAAUAUAUUUAAGUCUAAAUAUCAUCUUUAAUAAAUUGUUUACAGUGCUAGUCAUGUUGUUGUUAAUUACUGUCUCAAAUUGUUUGGUGAAUUAAUUUUAUAUAGUGAUGAGCUAGCUUCCAGAUGAUAACCAGAAGAGAGCUUGUUGUUGAGAUGUUGCCGACUUAAGAGCAUGAGUAAUGCUACUUAAAUACUCGAGAACGUAGAA